GCCUAUAUUCCGAUUGGCCAAUUAGCCUAGGUAUAUUUACGGGUGGUUUGACAGUAGUUUAUUUAACUUUACUGUUACCGCAUACAACUGUUGAAAGGUGAUUUAAAGUUGGAUUUAAGUGUUUAUUAAACGUCCGAAAUAGAGUAAUGCAAAUAUGAAUAAAGUGGCUGGACAAUCAAGUCGUAUUUUGAUGGACAUACCGUGCAAAGUAUGUCAGGAUCAUUCGUCAGGGAAACAUUAUGGGAUCUACGCUUGUGAUGGAUGUGCUGGAUUUUUUAAGCGAUCAAUAAGAAGAAAUCGACAAUACAUUUGCAAGUCACGUGGCCAGACUAGCUGUCCCGUUGAUAAGACGCACCGGAACCAGUGCCGCGCGUGCAGACUCAAAAAAUGUAUGGAAGCAGGAAUGAAUAAGGAUGCCGUGCAGCACGAGAGAGGGCCUCGGAAUUCCACGAUCAGACGGCAAGUGGCCAUGUACCUGAAAGAAACCAGCGAGCUUAAUUCCCUGUAUGGUACCACCCCUUUCCCGUCCCCAUACAUGCCCGGCUUCUACACAUUUGAACGUCUGAACGAUGGUAUAACAGUCAGUGCAGUUGACCCUCCCUCUUCUCCCCUGACACCUAUAGCCAGCCCCCUGACGCCGACACCAACAUCCCCAGGUCUUAUCUGUCAACCAACUCCUAAGUACCCGCACGAGCUAAUCCAGUCAUACUUCAGCAAUCCAGAGGCCGUGUGCGAAGCCGCUGCAAGACUCUUGUUCAUGAGUAUAAAAUGGACAAAGAACGUACCCGCGUUUCUAGGUUUACCUUAUCGAGACCAAGUGACCUUGCUGGAGGAAUCGUGGAGGGAGCUUUUUGUGCUGGGGGCCGCACAGUUUCAGAUGCCCAUAGAUGCUCCUACCUUACUCGCAGCUGCUGGUCUAAGCAGCGAGAACUCGCAAACAAGCGAGAAAGUCAUGAACCUGAUGACGGAGAUUCGAGCCCUACAAGAGAUUAUUGCCAAAUUUAAAACCAUACAAGUUGAUGCCACAGAAUAUGCCUGUCUAAAAGGAAUCGUGCUUUUUAAAACUGUUCUUCCUGGAAAUACAACAAAUGAUGUACAGACACUUCGUGAUUUCCACACGGUGGCAUCCUUGCAAGACCAGGCACAGAUGACGCUGAGCAAAUACAUACAAACAUCAUACCCCACCCAGCCGUUUAGAUUCGGAAAACUUCUGUUAUUAUUACCAACGCUAAAGACAGUAAGCGGAUCCACAAUUGAAGAGCUGUUUUUCCGGAAAACUAUCGGAAGUAUACCGAUUGAGAGGCUACUUAUAGACAUGUUCAAAUCAAAUGAUUUUUGACCCAUUUAGCCAGCACAAAGUGUUUAAGUUAUUGUUAUAGAUUAGACGAGUGUAACAGAUAUAUGGCAUAAUAUGUAUUUCCCUUAUAAAGGGAGAUUGUUUUGUUCCAAUUUGGUGCAGUUCCUCAUCAGUUCUUAAAGAAGCUUUAAGCGUAGAUAAGCAAUUGUGAAAUUGUUGCCAGGUGAUUUUUUUCUUCUUUUUUUCUUUUUCUGUAUUUUAAUCAAAUCCUUAUGUUAUUACUUAAAGGUAACACCUGUCCAACAUGUUGAUUUCCCUUAUCAAGAACUGAUUUGCGUACCUUAACAUACUCCUUAAGAUUAUUUCAUUUGCAUAAUAAUUUAUCACGUGACUGCAUAAUAACGUUAUAUUAUAGAUUUUUAAAUUCUAGGUGGCAUAAUAAUGUUAUUUCAUACCGAAUAAUAAACAUGUUUUUAAACAUUGGAAAAUUAUUACCCUUAAAUUAAUCAUUGACAUAAUCAUUCGGAAACCUUUUGUUUUGUUUGUUUGUUUCUUCACUUAUAUUUUCAAAAUGUGAUUGCAUAAAAUUAAGUUUGAUUUGUAGCAUCUUGAAUGUCCGCGGCUUUACAGUCCUUUACGUGAAAACUUCUUAACAAGUCGUAUGUCUAAAAUUACUACAUCUAAAGUCAGCGCUUAAGUGAAAAUAGCAAGAAAUAGAAUAAAUUUACUUCGAUAAUAGGUGAUAUGUGUUAUAGAUAAAUUUUCCAUACUAAAAUAACACAUAUAAUAUCAAAAUGUGAUGUUUAGCCUAAUAUCUAAAUGGUAGAACUUUACAUUCUUCCGGUGUUAAAGUGUGUACCAAAUUACUGCAAUUUGAAGAUAAUUACAACAAAAUCACAAAGUCAUACUGCCCUUUUAUACAAAGCAAUAAAGCAUAUUUAUCUUUAAAGCUUAACAAGCUUUAAGUUUUUAACUACAAGUCUCAAAACCAGUGUUUCCCAUUGCCGAAUAAAUCUAGGUAUCAAAUUCAUUUAAACUUAACUUUAGCAACGGUUAGUGAAAUAUAUGAUUAAGUUACCAUUAAAACUGUAAAAAAAAUUAGUUUCCAAUGAAUAUAGUAAAUAUUCGGUUAAUGACGUUGUUGCACAUCAACAUGACUUUAUUUAUUUUUUUAAUUUCUUAUGCGUAAUGCAAAACGAAAUUAGUUCGUCUUUUACAGCUUCGUUGUUUUAAAUAAUUGAUUCGCGAAAAGAUCACUAAAACGAAAGGAAAAACAAAAAACGUGACAUGCACAUGGGUUUUUUCUCACGAUGCCCCCCAAUCACCUGGUCAAUUCUUUCUUCUUUAAGUUGAUCAGCCAACGAAAAGUAGUUCCCCAAUCCAUAAUGGUGAUAAUAAGGCGGAAAUUGGCCACUAUCUUUGCGGCUAAUCUUACCUUCAUAUAGUGAAGACUUCCAAAGAUCGUGAAAAACGAAAAUUUGACGUGACACGUUUAAUGGUGAUUUAAUUGAAUUUCGCCUUUAUUAGAAAAUUGAUGGGCAAUUGUCUGAUAUUAAUUCAGCACGCACAAAUUGACGGAGUAGCUAAAUGAGCUAUUUGUUGAAUAAUUAACAAGUGUACGUUAUUCUGUGUACUUUGUAUUUUAUCAAAGCUAUGAUCAAAGCUCUUUUAAACGAAAGACAAUCGAUUUUCUUGGGACAUGUGUCGGCUUAAAAAUCAAAUUCAUCAUUAAUUAUGAAUAGAUUCUAUUUAAUGGGGAUAAACGUUUUGUUAUUUUAUCCUAUUUUCCGUCGUUUAUGUUACCAUUUAGAUUAUAUCAGUUUUAUUUUCAAUGUGGCCACCUCUAUUGUAACGAUUUGAUACUUGACUAUAGAUUGAAUUUAUUAUUCUUUUUAAUGUUAAAGAUUAACUAGAAUAAGUGUCUUAAUUAAUUUAAGCAUUCUGUAACUGGGCCGGGCCUUGAUUCAAGAAUUUAUAUCUUUUUUAAAUCAACCUUUACCAUUUGCUACGCAAUUUUAUUUUAAAAAAUGGUUUUUCGUUCAGUAUAUAUAGUAUGCAAAAAUAGAGAUAUGUAUGACCGACCGAAAUAUCUUUUUUUAUUGGAAACACUAUCAGAUGAUGGACGCUUUUGAUCCUUCUAUUGAGUAACAUACAUAGGCGACACAUCACUUCUAUACGAUUUAAUAUAACCAUCAUAAAAAUCAUAUCAAUGAUUUAAUGAAAUUGUUAAUUUUUGUUCAACAAAAUGCAUUAUGGCAUACAUCGUUUUUGUUUGUUAUUUUUUUACAUUUUUUUAAUUAUGUAAAAAGAGAGUUUACUAUUGUCAACACAGUAUAUUAUUAAAAGUAUUAUUAUUACUAUUAA